AUGGAGUUAAAUAUUACACUUUUAGUUUUGAUCAGUGUCUUAGUUUUUGUAAAUAGUCAUUUAGUAAUAGAUGAAGAGAAUAGUCGUGUUUUUGAUGAAGAUCUUUAUAAUAGAGUAUUAGAUUCCGAAGAAUGUGUGAAACAGUUGGAAUUUAUCAGAAGAAACGACACAAAUCUGUAUGGGCGAUUCCUGGAUUCAGGAAUGAGAAUACCCAGAGGACUGUUCAUGCUAGGUGACACUGAUCUAGGGAACUACCAUCAAUGUCUAGGAAUAGCAGAAACGAAAGAUGACAUGAACAUCGAAGGGAAAUACUGCUUCCUUCGGAUACCCUUGAAUCAAACUUUUGAGUUACCAUUUGACGAAGUCCUUAUACCACCACGUGAUUUUAGUAACAUGAAAGUUGUUCACUUCGAUAACGGAAUUAUUUCUGAAGCACAGAGCUUUGCAGUUGCAAAACGAGGCAAUUUAAACCGAAUCGACCCUCAAGAGCUCGUAGCAAGGGCUGCUGCAAAUAUCGCUAUUUGUAUACCCAAAGUUUGCACGUCUCUUCAGUUUACACAAAGGGGUCUAUUCAAUUGGAGUUCCAUCGGAUUUCAGUUUGAGGAACAAUUCUGUCGACUGCCUGAUGACAAACCCUGGGUACCUGUUGAUUAUGUAGCGAUUGUGAUCUUCUCUUGUAUUGCUCUUUUGACAGUACUGGGCACGCUUUAUGACGUCACUCACCUCUUCAUUUUAAAGAGAGAUCCAAAGAGUGCCAUUAUCUACAUCCGUAUGUUCUCCAUAUACACAAAUACUCGACGCCUUGUGACUUUUGUUCCAAACAAGAACGCUCUGGAGUGUUUAGAUGGCAUCAGAUCCAUCUCUAUGAUGUGGGUGAUCGUUGGCCAUACUUUCUCCAUGCACAACUUCAAUUAUAAUCUCUUAGAUGGAAUUUAUUGGGUAACUUCCGGAGAUGCAGUAUGGGUAUCGACGGGUCUCUUCUCAGUCGAUUCGUUCUAUUUAAUGGCAGGACUUUUGCUGGUCUACACUUCUGUAGGAAAGAUGUCUGGAACUACUUUCCUGAAACGCUUGCAUGUAUUCUACUUGAAUCGACUUCUUCGUAUGUUCCCACUGUUAGCGGCGCUAGUUCUUCUUGAAGCUUCUGUAUUUCACCGCAUGGUAGAUGGCCCAUAUUGGGUCCAAGUUGCCCGUAACGCUGAAAGAUGUCGAACUUUUUGGUGGACCACGUUACUGCAUGUCCAGAAUUAUGUGAACCCCGAGCAUAUUUGUAUUCAACAUUCGUGGUAUAUUGCCAUAGACAUUCAACUUCAUAUUAUAUCGCCAUUAGUCCUAUUUUGGGUCCUCGGAAAAAAUAAGAAGGCUGCGUGGUCUGCUCUAGUCUUUGGAUUGCUAGCGAUUCUUGUUGCAGCUACAAUAUGGAACUUUAUGAAGGACAUGCCUUCAACUAAUAUGACAGUUCCGCGCUUAGAUGAGCAGACAUUUUAUAUGAACAACUAUUAUAUGAAUACUUUGACACGAGGUUCACCGUUCUUCGUAGGGAUGAUUUUUGGUUACAUACUAAAUAUCUACAAAGGAAGAGAGAUUAGGCUUAAUACGAGUUUUCUGCUCAUUUCUUGGAUAAUAGCCCUUGGCUUGAUUGCAUCCGCCUUUUAUACAUCCUUCCUAGUCAUGCAGCUUGACUGGGACAACCAAGUUGGAGACAAUCUAUUUAAUUCCUUUAUGCGUGCUCUGUGGGCUGUGGGACUGGGUUGGAUUAUCUUUGCCUGUACUAAAGGAUACGGAGGUCCCAUAAAUUGGUUGCUGACACUUUCAAUUUGGAAGAUUCCUGCUCGCAUCUCCUAUGCAAUGUACUUGUACCAUUAUCCAAUUAUGUUUGUGGUUGCGGGUAUGCAGUUGAUGCCUCAAUAUUUUAGCCAAGGUGCAAGGAUAUUCGACUUCAUGGCGUUUUUAGUGAUCGCUUUGUGGGUUUCAUACAUAGUGACUGUGGUGAUUGAUGCACCGUUUUCUACUAUGAUUAAAAUGGCUCUUGAAGGAGGUCAAAGAAAACGCAGACCACCAGGGGAUAAAGUUGCUGAUUCAUCAAAACCAGGACCAUUGCCUGAUAAAGACAGAUCGUUACUAGAAAAUAACAUAAUUAUUACAACUCUUCAAAAAGAUGAUCAUAUAUCAGAAAAGAACGAUCCCAUGCUGCAGAGAAAUGGACCAGUUUUAGAGAAAAAUGAUUUCACAUUGCAAAGGAAUGGAAUAGUUUUAGAGAAUAAAGACUUAGCUGUAGAGAAAAAUCAUCAUACUUAUGAUAAAAAUGGCCUUACUUUAGAAAAUAAGGACACAGAUUUGGAAAAAAAAUGGUCAUUAGACGAAGAAAGUGCAGAGCAUUUAGACAAAAAUAAAGUUUUGGAUGAGUUGGCAAUAGUUGAUGGAUUAGUGACGAAGGAAGUUUCCAAGUUUUAAAGUCCUGGAAUAUAUUAAAAUUUGGAUUCGUAUAGUUUUUACUUGAUCUGUUAGCCAACGUAAGGAGACGUGAUAUAAAUACAAAUUAAGCUCAAAAUAAAGAAGAUCCUUUGAGCGCUUUAGUAAAAAGAUAACGUUAAUUUCGAAGUGAAAUAAAUACAUUUGCAAAAGCUUAAUUUUAGUGAUUCUAUUAGGAAUCAUGACAAAUUAAAGAGCUGUGAAUGGCUGUAUUUUUCCCAUAAAAAUUCAUUAAAAAAACGUUAUGUAGUUGUAUAAAUAGGUAGGUAAGUGUUAAUAUAAAUCA